GCGACAAAUCAUGGAAGAUCGUUGGGUCUUCCCGUUAACAUUGCUGCUGAUUGUAACCGUUGCAGUUCCGGUGUCUGUCGCAGGAUUCACGCGAAUUGGAUAUGAAGCGACCGGAUGUCCCCGCAACAGUCCCACACUGAACAAAUGCAUGGAGCGUGCGAUCCAGUACUACAUCAGCUACAUGUACAGCGGAACGAUCAACGAUCGGACGACGGUACCGUCGCUGGAUCCACUCACACUGCCCGAUGCGAUACUGAUCGAAAAUGAAGAUGUGGUGUCUAGGUUUACCAACCGACAGACGACCGGCUUCCGGAACAUGUACAUCACUGACGUUAGAUCUGACAUAACACGGCUAGAGUUCUACUUUAAGUUUCAUAUCUCCGCGAUCGACACGCGAGGUUCGUACCAUGCGGAGGUACGCGUUCCAACGCCCUCCAAAGUUGCCGAAUGGUCCCAGAUGACCUACUCCAUACGAAACUCCUCAAUCCAGGUGCAGCUGAAAGGCUACAACUAUGAAAGUGACGAUCGAGUGUAUCUCAAAGUAAACGUGACCGAUUGGAGCCAACAAAUUGGGGACCAUACGGUCGGCUUCCGGUGGUUCACGAUGAGUGGCAACUACAGUCAGUUUAGUGAGCGGUUCGAGGAGAUACGUGGCCGUGAAAUUCUGCCGGUGGUGGAGCGUGAUCUGAUGCACAGUCUGCAGGAACGGUUUCAGCGCUUGUUGAACGAGAUCCUGCGGUUGGCACCGUUCGAACGGUUCUUCCCUACGGUGUACUAGCGAGGGUACAGAUGGACCUGUGAUAAGGCUA